GUGAUGGAGAGCGUCUCUUCCUCCCCUUCGCCCUUCUCUGCCAGUUCCCCCACUGUGCAGUCAGAGAACUCCACUGCCCAUGACUUCUACUCUGGCCUCCAGAAGAGCAUGCAUGUCCUCUCCAUGGUGGUGUACAGCAUCGCCUGUUUGCUGGGGGUGACAGGGAAUGGCCUUGUCAUCUGGAUUGCAGGCUUCAAGAUGAAGAAGACGGUGAACUCCGUCUGGUUCCUCAACCUGGCUAUUGCUGACUUCAUCUUUACCUUUUUCCUGCCCCUCAGCAUCGCCUACACCGCCCUGGGCUUCCACUGGCCGUUUGGGAAGCUCCUGUGCAAGCUGAACAGCACCAUUGCCUUCCUCAACAUGUUUGCUAGUGUCUUCCUCCUGACGGUCAUCAGCAUGGACCGCUGUGUUUCUGUGGCCUUUCCUGUCUGGUCUCACAACCGCAGGAGUCCGGAGCUGGCAGCCAGGAUUGCGCUGGGGACCUGGGUCCUGGCUCUCCUCCUCAGCUCCCCGUACCUUGUCUUUCGGGACACAGUGGUCGGUUCCAGGAACAUCACCAGCUGCUAUAAUAAUUUUGCGCUGUCCGAUGACUACUCAUCCGAGGCAACACGGAGGCUGUGGAGGAUGCGGCAUAAAGCGAUGAUCAUAACGCGAUUCUUAUGCGGGUUCCUCAUCCCUUUCACAGUCAUUCUCAUCUGCUACAGCAUCGUCUCUGUCAAGCUGAAAAGGCGGCAGUUAGCCAACUCUGCGAAGCCAUACAGAAUUAUCAUUGCUGUCACAGUCUCUUUUUUUCUCUGCUAUUUCCCCUAUCAUGUCUUCUCCUUGCUGGAAAUAUCCAAAAACUCCUCCAGUCAUGAGAUGAAGAUGGCCCUUUACAUAGGGAUCCCCUUGGUUUCCAGUCUUGCUUUCUUCAACAGCUGCAUCAACCCCAUCCUGUAUGUAUUUGUGGGGCCGGAUUUCAAGGAGAAGUUUCGCCAGUCCAUCCUGUCGACCUUCGAAGGUGCCUUCAGUGAGGAGUCGGUCCUGGGCAGCCUGACCAGCAGGCGCAAGUCCAGGUCUGCUUCGGAAGCAGAGGUCCCGAGGGCCUGA